AUGGAGCUGCUGUCCUGAAGAGGCUGGCUGAGGUUUUCAUGAGGUUGAGCAGCACUGAGGUGAGCUCCCGUCUGGUCCACUCUGACAAGAACCUCUCCUCAGCUGAGCAGUUAAAUCGGGCAGCACCGAGCCCCGUGAAGAUGUACGGCCUGUACUUGGAGGCGGUCAACGACUACAUCAACGAAUCCUACGGCGAGGACGUGUGGCGGCUGAUUGAGAACCGAGCCGAGAUCCCUCACCUGAAGUUUGUCAGGCAUCAGAUGUACAAUGACAACCUGAUCCUGCGUCUAGCGAAGGCCGCGGGUGAAGUGUUGGGAAAAACCCACGAUGAGCUGAUGUACGCCUUCGGAGUCUACAUGGUGAAGAGGAUCGGGAACUACGGCUAUGAGCGGAUCCUGAAGGUUUUGGGACGAAACGUCCGCGACUUCAUCAACGAACUGGACAACCUGCACGAGUACUUCCGCUUCUCCUUCCCCAAAGUUCAGCCGCCGAGCUUCUGCGUGGAGGAGGAGUGCGAGACCAGCCUGACGCUGCACUACCGCAGCACCCGCAAAGGCUUCACGCAGUUUGUCAAAGGCCAACUCUCCCAGGUGGGCCGCCAGUUCUACAACACAGAUAUCGAAGUGGAGAUCUUAUCCAAAGAGGAGACAGAAAAGAUGACAUAUGUGGUCUAUAAGAUGAACUUUGACAAUGCUGCCUUCAAGCACCGCAUGCCCCAGCAAAAGACGGCACCAAGUUAUGAGAAGCUUCCCAUGAAGCGAGGUAUCUUUUUUGACAUGUUCCCCUUCAGCGUCAUCUUCCGGCGCAACAUGACCAUGUACCGCGUUGGUGACGGCCUCAAAGAGGUCUUCUCUGACCUCCAGGGCAAGAAGGUCAAUGAGGAGUUCACUCUGGUCAGGCCGAUGCUGGAGUUCAGUUGGGACAACAUCUACACCCACCUGAACAACGUCUUUGAGCUGAUGUCUGAAGCAGUGGUGGAGAGCAAACAAAAAGUCAACAUUCCUAAACUGAACAAAGAGGAACCCGAAGAAAAAGAGGAGAGCAAGAAAGCAAAAAGGGAAGAAGAAAGAGAACAAAAGUCAGUCGAGGAGAUAAAGGGCACAGACCAGGAGUAUAGUAGCGCUCUGACUCAGUAUAACAGUUCUGCUAACUCUGGAGGCGAAGACAUCGAGCUGCUGGCUUUCCAGACUGUCACAGGCAAAUGCAGUGAAACCAUCUUCGAAGACAUGCGGGAGCCCCCUAAAAAGCCUCUCCACCUGAAAGGCCAGAUGAAGUAUGUCCCCCAGUGGGACUCUCUCAUCUUCCUGGGGACGCCCAUCAUUGAGACAGUGGAGGACAUGAUCAAGAUGGGCGUCUACGUCAACGAUUUGAAUCUACACGACUCCAGCAGAGAGCUGAUCCUGGCUGGGACGCAGCAGUCAGCUGAGCUGCAGCUGGCCCUGGACCAGGAACAACAAAAGUACGCUCAGCUGCAGGAAAUCAUAAAGAAGCUGGAUGAAGAGAAGAAGAGAGGCGACUCCUUGCUGUACGCCAUGAUCCCUAAGGCUGUAGCCGACCGCCUCAGGAAGGGAAUCACAGCUCUGGAAACAUGUCAGGUCUUCCCCGAUGUGACCAUCCUGUUCAGCGAUGUGGUCAAGUUCAAUGAGAUCUGCAUCCACAUCACGCCCAUGCAGGUGGUGGACAUGCUCAACGAGAUCUACAUCGUCUUUGACACGCUCAGCGAGAAGCACAACGUUUACAAGGUGGAGACGAUUCGUGACGCCUACAUGGUGGUGGCAGGCGUUCCCAACAAGACCACGUUCCAUGCCCAUCACAUCUGUGAUAUGGCCUUGGACAUGCUGAGCUCAAUCGACCACUUGAAGGACCCGUCCACCGGGGACAAUAUUCAGAUCAGAGUGGGGGUCCACUCGGGAAUGGUGGUGGCCGGCGUGGUGGGUCUGAAGAUGCCUCGCUAUUGUCUCUUUGGAGACACCGUGAACACGGCCUCCAGGAUGGAAAGCAAUGGCGUGGGCAUGCAGAUACACAUCAGUCAGACCACCAAAGAUCACCUGGAACACGAGCCCUACAGCAUAGAGGAGAGGGGCAAAAUCUUUGUCAAGGGUAAAGGCUACAUGAAGACUUACUGGCUGAAGGGAAAGAAGACUCCAGCUGAGCUGCGUUACAUAAGCGAGCAGAAGGACUCAGAGGACAAAAGUUCAAAUGGCUCCACCAGCACCUGUGCCAAGCGCAGCGACUCCUGUGUCCCCACCAGUGGCGGCGAGGAGCAGGCGGAGGGCAAGCCCAGCCCCAGUGACCUCCCUCCGGACACCGUGCCACCGCCGGAGGCUGCCACUGAGCCCCUCAACACUUCGGACGAGCUUCAGGAAAAAGAGAAAUCCAAAAAGACUAAGAACAACAAAGGAGCCAAGCUGGACGCGGCCCAGGGAAACCCCGUGUCUGAGUUGAUGCCGCCCACCGAUGAGCUGGAGAACCUGGGAGCGUUUCUACACAACAAGAGGAACAGCUUCAGGCAGCAGUAUGCCAAGCUGCCCGCCAACUUGCCCAUAAGGAGCGCCUCCUGCACCCUCCUGUGAACCCCCACCAUUACCACCACGACGUUGACAUCAUGUCAUGACAAAAUGACAUAGCAUCACAACAUCAUGACCCAAGGCACUAUGACGUCAUGAUGGUGUGGUGCCAUGACAUCACAAUAGCGUGGCGCCAUGACAACACAACAUUAUAAUGGUGUGGCACCAUGACAUCAUAAUGGUGUGGCGCAACGUUAAUAUGACAUCAGAAUGGUGUGGUGUCAUGAAGUCGUGAUGGUGUGCCGUCAUGACAUCAUAAUGGUGCGGCGCAACGUAAAUAUGACAUCAGAAUGGUGUGGUGUCAUGAAGUCGUGAUGGUGUGGCGCCAUGACAUCAUAAUGACAUGGCAUCAUGAUUUUGUGACAUAACGAUGUCAUGACAUUAUGACACCAUAAUGGCGUGGUUCCAUCCAUCCAUCCAUUUUCUACCGCUUGUCCCUUGACAACACAAUGGCGUGGCAUCAUUACAUCAUAAUGGUGUGGCGCCAUGACAUCAUAAUGACGCGGCAUCAUGGCUUUGUGACAUAACGGUGUGAUGACAUUAUGACACCAUAAUGGCGUGGUUCCAUCCAUCCAUCUAUCCAUUUUCUACCGCUUGUCCCUUGACAUCAUAAUGGUGUGGCACCGUGACAUCACAAUGGCGUGGCAUCAUUACAACAUAAUGGUGUGGCGCCAUGACAUCAUAAUGACGCGACAACAUAAUUUGGUGACAUCACAACGAUGUCAUGACAUUAUGACACCAUAAUGGCAUGGUUCCUUGACAUCAUAAUGGUGUGGCACCGUGACACCACAAUGGCGUGGCAUCAUUACAUCAUAAUGGCGUGGUGCCAUGACAUCAUAAUGGCAUGGCAUCAUUACUUUGUGACAUUAUAACGGUGUCAUGACAUUAUGACACCAUAAUGGCGUGGUUCCAUCCAUCUAUCCAUUUCCUACCGCUUGUCCCUUGACAUCAUAAUGGUGUGGCACCGUGACAUCACAAUGGCGAGGCAUCAUUGCAUCAUAAUGGUGUGGCGCCAUGACAUCAUCAUGACAUGGCAUCAACACUUUCUGACAUCAUAACGAUGUCAUGACAUCAUGACAAUAUAAUGGUGUGGUGCCUUGACAUCAUAAAGAUGUGGCAUCAUGACUUCGUGACAUAACGGUGUGGCAUCAUGACAUUAUGACAUCAUAAUAGUGUGGCACCAUGACAUUCUAGUGGUGUGGUGCCAUGAUAUUAUGACACCAUAGUGGCGUGGUGCCUUGAGAUCAGAAUGGUGUGGCAUCAUGACUUUGUGACAUCAUAACGGUGUCAUGACAGUAUGACACCUUAAGGGCAUGGUGCCUUGACAUCAUAAUGGUGUGGCAUCAUGGCUUCGUGGCAUCAUGGCUUCGUGACAUAACGGCGUGGCGCCAUGACAUUAUAACACCAUAAUGGUGUGGUGCCUUUAGAUAAUAACGGUGUGGCACCAUGAUAUCAUGACACCAUAAUGGACACAUAAUGGAGUGGCGCCAUGACAUCACACAUCAUAAAGGCAUAGCGCCAUGACAGCAUGACAUCAUAAUGGCCUGGCAUCAUGACUUUGUGACAUAACGAUGUCAUGACAUUAUGCCACCUUAAGGGCAUGGUGCCUUGACAUCAUAAUGGCGUGGCAUCAUGGCUUCGUGACAUCCAUUUUGAACCGUGCACAAAAACACAAACUUAUUUCUAGCGUCCCUGAUGCUUUUUGUUUUUAUGAUUGGACUUUUCACCUGGGAGAUGAUGACAACAGACAACAGAAUAUUUGGGCAAUAAACACUUUUUGUAUUGUACGAGUAUAGACAUCUUCUGUUUUGUUGAAAGUAGACAUAUGGUUCAUGGUCCAGCGAGUUAUUAAGUAGAAUGACUUUUACGCCUGCAUGUAAGAUAGUGUGUAUUUAUAUAAAGAUGGAUGUACAGCCUUUAUACACCAAUGCACGUGUGUAUUACUCGCACUAUAGUGGCUCUGGAUGAAGUAACCUAGCUUGCACUGAGGCUUCGUCGCAAUGUACAUAAGUAAAGUAUGAA